GCUACAAUGGAAGAACCAAAAGCACAGAGUACAGAUAAUGUUACAUCCAAUCCAGAAAAUAAUCCAAACAUUAUGGUUGCGAUUAACAGACCAAAGGAAAGUGGAAUUAUUGACCCGAUUAUGCUAAAACAGCUUUUGAAGAGAUCAAAUGGAUCUAGUUUGAGUGAAAUGUUGCAACGACACAAUUUGUCAUUGACAGAUUUGUUGCAAGGCAGAAAUGAAGCUAUUUCUGCAUUAAAUUCUGGCGCUACGAACGAGCCUCAACAGUCAGAUAUUUCAUUGGAAAGUAACUCCAAACUCAAUGAAGAAGAAACCAAAUAUUCUACAAGACAAACAUUGUCAAAAGAAAAAAUUGCACCGACGGAAUCAAGUUCAGAUGAAGAUACAAAGGGACAUAAAAAUAAUGGAAAUACUGAAAAUGAUGAACAAGUUGCUAAUAAGGACGCAAAUGAAACAGAAAACAAAAAAUCAAAGCCAAGAAUGAGCACCAGACGACGUUUUCCUACCGGUAUUCGCAGAAAGCUAAGGAUGAGGCCAACGUUAAAUAGUACUCUUAAAGCUCAGUUAAGCAGAGAUUUAAUAGCCUUAAGUGCAAGAAAGUAUUCUAAUAAUAACAAGAAUGUUACAAAAUCUAGAGAAUGGAAAGAUAUAGUUCCCAUGAUGCCUGACCGGAGUAAAACUGACAAUAAUGAAAAUAGUAAAGACGAAGUUAUGGAAACCGCACCAACAACUACAGAUGGUCCUGUUGAGACAACGACAUCUAGUUUGAAGAUUUCUAGUUCAUCGUACUCACUUUCGGGCGGAAAAAACGUUAGCAACGCGAAGGAUAACGAAGUUGAAAACGUCGCAGCAACUACCACAGAAGCAACGGCAACAAUUACCAUAGAAGUUAUGCCUGACGAAAUAAUGAGCGAAAUCGAAAAACCAAAGAUUGCACCAAUCGUGAGGCCUACUGCCAACAACUUUACACUCAGACGCCAAGCGUUCAACAACAAAUUAAAACGAAAACGUCUCAAACAAAAAAGUUCUACAACAGAAAAUCCGUCGGACGAUUUGAUGAGGAAUUUCCUUGGAAUGGCAAAUUUGGUAUCAGCUUCACAAUUUAUAGAAAGGACUCAGAAACCACAUACGACUCUCAAAAUGGAUAAUACGGAGUUUACGACGGAAUUAGAAGAUUUUCUGACAACAGAGACGCCGCCGGAAACUGUUGAUGGCGGAGUAAAAUCUACUUCGAGAUUUACGACUUCAACCACGCCGAGAAUUCACGCACAGACGAGUAGUACGAGCACUACGGAACAAACAGCGAAAUUUGAAAUUCAGGAAAUAUUAAAUGAUAAAAUGACCAAAGAAAGACUAGCAAAAAUACUACGAGAGCGAAACAUGACUCUGAACGAGUUAGUGAAUCACAGAGAGCGGGGCUCAAGCCACGUUCACCUAGCCGACAUAUUCCACAACGCCUCCAAAGAACCCAACCCUCCUGAACCAUUCCUAACAAAAUCUUCUAUUGAACCUAUAUCGAAGGAAACGUAUCCACUGCGCGCCAUCUUAGAAGCCAACACUUACGAAACAACAACUAGAUCGGUAUCGUCGCAGGCAGAUCAAAAGAAUAUGCUAAUUCCGGUGGUUAUGAACUUUGGGAAUAAUGUCAAUGAAAAUGGAGAAAGCAUGGGUAUCAUAUCGUUAUUUAACAAAAUAGCUGAAAAUGAAGUAACGAUAGAUAAAACUGAUUUAAAAAAGGAUUCAAAUGGGACGCCGUAUGUAAGCUCGAUUAUAAGUGUGAAUGCCACGAACGCUAACGAUACAAAUAGGGAAAGCAGAGCGAUGGAAGAGAGUGAAGAUUGGAACGAACUACUGACGUUUAUGAAGGCGCACAACAUUAGUACAUUUGAGGACGACUUACAGGUCCUGGACAAAGGAAACACGGAAAAGGAAUCUCUAGAAAACUUGGAGAAAGACGGUUUGAUGAUCUUAGAAGACCUUCAGAACCUCGAAAACUUCCAAAGUGGCAUCGCAUCCGGGUCGGGAGACAAUGUAGAAACAAGCAUACAGGAGAAUAAAGAGAAUCUAUCAGAAAAUCCAGGUAUUCUUAAUAAGUUACACAACAAUACAAAGUCAGUGGCUAUCGCUACAGCUAGCAUACUGGGUCUAGCUGCAAUACUCUUCUUACUAACUUAUAUAGCCUUUAAAUGGAAACAGCAAAGAAAUAAGUUGAGAAAGAAGGAAAGCUUCUGCGAUGGACCGAUUCCUUCGCCAGUUUUCGAGAACAGAAAAGGUAACAAAACGAAUUGCAGUAGCCGAAGUAUUAGUCCAAUGAUUUCAAAUACUAAUAUUUAUAUGAGUACUUUAGAGACAAAUAGCGGGAAGGAAUCACCUGACUAUAUGUGGAACUCUCUGAGAAAACCAUUCCAGUAACGUUUUCUAAUAAGCAUAGACUGAAAUUGUAAGUUAUGUUUUAUAAUUAACCAUAAUUUUACAGCCGAUGUUUUAAAUAGUUUUAAAUUAAAUAGUGAGUGACCUGAUAUUAUUAGUAAGGGCUAUUGUAUAUUUCUUCAAAUUAAUUAAGAUUGAUUUUUAGGUUAGAUUUGCACGUGCAUUUUUAAUUUUUAAGAAUUUAGAAUGUACAUGUCAUGCACAAAUUAGGCAAUUGUUUUGGU